CUCAGGGUAGUAAUAUGAGUACUAGGAGAACUAGUAAUAGGCAAAAUAAGGUGGAUAUUGGAAAGCCAGUGGCAAUAAUUGACAAGGACAGUAAUAGGUUUAGUGGAAUAACAGAAAGGAGCAGGAAGGGUAAAGAGAGAGGAGGGUCUUUAAGUAUUUAUUACACAAAUAGUCGCAGUGCUAGGAAUAAGAUGGACGAGUUGAGACUAGUUGCUAGUGCAGGUAACAUAGAUGUAUUUGCCAUUACUGAGACGUGGUUUAAUUCAAAACGUCGGGACAUGCCUGCAGAAUGUCACAUUCAGGGUUUUAAAUUGUUCCAAGUAGAUAGAAGUAUCGGGAAGGGGGGUGGGGUGGCACUGUAUGUCCGAGAUCGCUUGAACUGUUGCAUUCUUAUAAAAACGGGUAUUAAGUCUGAAGUAACACAUACAGAGUCUGUUUGGAUAGAAUUUUCAGAGGGGCAUGAAAAGUUAAUUUUAGGUGUGAUAUACCGUCCCCCAAAUUUAGAUAGGGACCAGGGGAGACUACUAUGGGAGGAAAUUGUUAGGGCCACAAUGCACGAUAAUGUAGUAAUUCUAGGAGACUUUAACUUUAGUCAUAUUGAUUGGAAUUUCUUGACUGGGAAUUUAGAAUCAUACGACUUCUUAGAAGUAGUUCAGGAUUGUUUUUUGAAGCAGUUUGUGACAGAACCUACAAGGGGUAAUAACCUGCUUGACUUAGUUCUGGCAAACAAUGAAUCCCUUGUUAAUUAUUUAGAAGUUUCAGAGGAACUGGGUGCUAGCGACCACAAAUCAAUUACAUUUAGAAUUGAAUGGAAGUAUGAUAGUAGGGAUAACUCAGUAACAGUCCCAGAUUUUCGCUUAGCAGAUUACGAUGGGCUUAGAGAACACUUGUCAUCUGUUGACUGGGGUAACGAAGAGAGCUAUCAAUAUGACAGUUUUCUGAACACAAUACAUGCUGCUCAAAGAACGUUUAUCCCUGACCACGAACUUCGUUUUAAAGUCUAUCGAAAACCCACCAACCAAAACGAUCUUCUCCACUUCUACUCUCACCACGACACGAAAACCAAACGUGGUGUGAUUAUAGGCUUCUUCCUACGUGCACUCAGAAUCUGCAGCAAUGAGUUCCUUGAGGAAGAAUGCACUAUAAUUGAACAAGUAUUUUCUAAACUCCACUAUCCUCGUCACUUUAUCAGAGACUGCAGACGGCGGGCAUUAAACAUCUUCAACACACCCAGAGAAGACACUGCCGAGAAGAGAUACAUAGUCCUCCCCAACAACUCCAUUGCCAAACAUGUUUCCAACAUCUUUGCCAAAACAUCAUUCCAAGUAUCUACCUCCACAACCACGACCAUCAAGGACAUCACCAGUAGUAGACAGGACAAGCCUCCAUCCUCUGCAGGGGUUAUACAUAAUCCCUUGUAAUGACUGCAACAAAUUAUAUGUGGGCGAAACAUCAAGAGACCUCCAAACACGCAUUUCAGAACACCAAUAUGCAAGCAGGACUGACGAUACAAGGAAUGCCUGUGUACAGCAUCGCAAUUCACACAACCAUUUAAUUAACUACAGAAACUCAAGACUUAUAGCCACAGAAGACAACACUAAAUACAGAAGAAUCCUGGAAUUAUCGCUUAUCUCUAUAACCAACAAUUUCAACCAGAACAAUGGCUUCUAUAACAUAGCUGAACCACUCGCCAAGAAACUUCUUCAUCGCUAAGAACAUAGAACACUGCAGAAGGUCUACAACUUGUCCAAUACCCCUGCCAAGCUACCCAAGACUCUAUAACCCCACCCGGUAGAUCAUCAGAUGCAGCAUUCUCCACCUGACCUCAACAUUCUGACUAUAAAUACUCUCGUACCUUCCAACCCCAGGUAGAUCCGUGUGUGACUUGAAAAAGCCCACUGUGUGGGUGAAACGUUGUCAAUAAAGGAUCACAUUAUACUGCAUUUGUGUUUAUAUUUCCAGGGUGAUCAGGUACAGAUUGAGAGACCGGGAGGGGGGGGGGUGAACACGAGAGCACAGCUGAAAGUGGAAAACAAGAGAUGAGUCACAAGGAUGUUAGAAAGCAUUUCUUCAAUGUUAGUCGGGAAGUGGAACCACCUGGAGAAUGACGUGGUAGAGGCAGGAUUCGUGCAUAACUUUAAGAGGAGGUACGAUAAGAGACUCGAAGUCAUGAGAGAGUGAAGCUAGUUGCCAUCAGACUGGGCCAGGAGCUGAGACUCGACUCCUGCAACCACAUACUGAUGAGUACAUAUAGGUGAAUACACGAUCCUUUCUUAAAAAAUGCAACCGUGUUAAGAAACAUUCUCCCCAUUAGUCUCCCUCCCCCCCCCCAAAAAAAAAAAAAAAAACUAAAAAAAAUGUAAUGCCAGCUCGUUUAAAAAAAAAAAAUCCCAAAACAGAUUGUUUUCCUUUCUGAAAUAAUAUACAAUUUUUAAAAACUCGUCUCCCAUCAGAAUGUUCUUACAUUAAAUAAGCAGAUCGUCCGUAAGAGAGUCCUCACGACCUUCUAGGAAGUCACUCGUCGUGCAUAAGAUGAUCAUCUUAAACAGUGUUGCUUCUGCUCUCACUAUCAAAAUAGGGCACAGCCUUCUAAAAAAAGACACCCCCCUCCCUUACAAAAUUCACUCUACACCGACAUUGCGGAAAAUUGUUAUUCAUGAGAAACGGCUAGAAUUAGAAGCUUAGUUAAAAAUUAUAUAAAAUACAGACAAGUUGAAGAUUAAGACACGUGCAACAGUUGGGUAUCUUUAUUGAUAAAACGUUUCGCCUUUACAGUAGGCUUCUUCAGUCAAAUACAGUGGGAGCAGUAGUAAUGAAAUAAAGAUGAUGUAAUCAGUCCAUCAACUUUGAAGAAAAAGUAUAUGAGGUGGGCAGCCUGGAGAAGAGUUCAGCUCCAUGGAGCUGAACUCUUGCACAUGUAUCUUGAAGAUUGAGACACUUAUGCAGCAUAUAUGAUCCCGCCUCCGUCUGCUUCAAGUCACCUCACUACAGUAUAUAAGCCACGUCUACGGCCCUAUGCUGUACAUUCUACAAGAUUGAUGGACUGAACACAUCGACUCCAGGCUGAGGGACUGAUUACCUCAUUCUCCUCCUCUCCUUACGCCUUCCUCUUUGUAUUGGACUGAAGCCACUGUGUGGCGAAACGUUUCCUGAUUAAAGAUUCCCAUAUGCUGCAUAAGUGUCUCAAUCUUCAACUUGUCGGUUUUUCAAACCAUUCAUCACACAUGUAUCUUAAUCUUCACAUGUCUUAAUCUUCAAGUAGAAGUUUUCUUAAAGACUCAACACCUUUACGAAAGUAAUCCUCUCACAUCACAGUAGUCGUCGCCUCGUACACCUGAUGCGUUUAUCAAAGUCUUUCUCUCGCAUCACAAUCUUCUUGCACUCGUAAUACCUUGAUAGAACUGUUCGCUCGCAUCACAACCUUCUUGCUCUAUUAAUACCUUGAUAGAAUUGUUCUCUCACAUCAUAGGGACCGCUCACACCCUCAUACUUCACCCAGUUAUUCUCUCAUAUUAGUCUUCUCAUUAAAAUUAUCCUCACAUCAUAGGGUCUUCCAUACACCCACAACACCCCCAUCAAAGUUAUGCUUUCACAUCACAAAUAUUAUCCUAGAAGUAACAUAUCCUUUUCCAAAAAAAUCUGACGUUCUUGCAAAAAUAUAUUCGACUUGGCGGUCGGUAAAAGACACACAUGCGCUGAUAAACACAUUUGUUAAGGAAACUUUUCGUCAUAAGUUUCUCCUUCAGUCUUUAUCAUAUCUUUGACCUCCAACUUGUCGUUUUCACCAUAACACUUCCACCAUAUACUAAAUUGUAAAUUUAGUUUCAUUUGAUGGAGCCCCUACUCCUUCUUUCCAAAGAAGUUCUGGAUUGACAAGCUAUGUGGCUCCCUUAAGGGUUUAUUGAAUCCCUAUGAAUAUAAUAAAAGAGUGGUUGAGGGUAGUACUGUCUACUGCUGGCGUCAAGAUAGAUAUGAAACAGAACAUGCCCUUAAUUUGACAGUUUUCUUCUAAGACGAGCUUUAUUGAUACAACGAAUAAGGGUUGUUACGAUUCAAACAUCUUUUACAUUAUUAACGAAUAAAGUAUUUCUUUGCUGACUUGAUAGGCAGGAGAGGUACUAAAACGAACAGAUAUCAUUGUCUCUAUUUUGUACGUGGUGGGAAGGGUGUAAGGUACAAGGUGUAUGGUAUAAGGGAUAUGAAGGGGUGUCUGGUACAUGGAAAUGAUGUCUGGUAUAACGGAUGGGGUGUAUGGUACAAGGGAUGGGAGGGGUAAGGGUGUGUUAACCAUCACGGAUGUGUGGGGGGAAUGUGGUCAAGGGCGGACCCUGGCCUCAUCUGCCGCCCUCAUGUUCUGGAUCUUGUCUGUUGGGGGGCGUGAAGUGCCACUAGUUUGUGUGUGUGUGUGUGUGUGUGUGUGUGUACUCAUUUGUACUCAGCUAUUUGUGGUUGCAGGGGUCGAGUCUUAGCUCCUGGCCCCGCCUCUUCACUGGUUGUUACUGGGUUCUCUCUCUCCCUGCUCCAUGAGCUUUAUCAAACCUCGUCUUAAAACUAAGUAUGGUUCCCGCCUCCACUGCGUCUGUGUGUGUGUGUGUACUCACCUAGUUGUACUCACCUAGUUGAGGUUGAAGGGGUCGAGUCCAAGCUCCUGGCCCCGCCUCUUCACUGAUCGCUACUAGGUCACUCUCCCUGAACCGUGAGCUUUAUCAUACCUCUGCUUAAAGCUAUGUAUGGAUCCUGCCUCCACUACAUCGCUUCCCAAACUAUUCCACUUGCUGACUACUCUGUGGCUGAAGAAAUACUUCCUAACAUCCCUGUGAUUCAUCUGUGUCUUCAACUUCCAUUUGUGUCCCCUUGUUGCUGUGUCCCAUCUCUGGAACAUCCUGUCUUUGUCUACCUUGUCAAUUUCUCUCAGUAUUUUGUAUGCCGUUAUCAUGUCCCCCCUAUCUCUCCUGUCCUCCAGUGUCGUCAGGUUUAUUUCCCUUAACCUCUCCUCGUAGGACAUACCUCUUAGCUCGGGGACUAGUCUUGUUGCAAACCUUUGCACUUUUUCUAGUUUCUUUACGUGCUUGGCUAGGUGUGGGUUUCAGACUGGUGCCGCAUACUCCAAUAUGGGCCUAACGUACACGGUGUACAGGGUCCUGAACGAUUCCUUAUUAAGAUGUCGGAAUGCUGUUCUGAGGUUUGCUAGGCGCCCAUAUGCUGCAGCAGUUAUUUGGUUGAUGUGCGCUUCAGGAGAUGUGCUUGGUGUUAUACUCACCCCAAGAUCUUUUUCCUCGAGUGAGGUUUGUAGUCUCUGGCCCCCCUAGACUGUACUCCGUAUGCGGUCUUCUUUGCCCUUCCCCAAUCUUCAUGACUUUGCACUUGGUGGGGUUGACCUCCAGGAGCCAAUUGCUGGACCAGGUCUGCAGCCUGUCCAGAUCCCUUUGUAGUUCUGCCUGGUCUUCGAUCGAAUGAAUUCUUCUCAUCAACUUCACGUCAUCUGCAAACAGUGACACUUCGAAGUCUAUUCUUUCCGUCAUGUCGUUCACAAAUACCAGAAACAGCACUGGUCCUAGGACUGACCCCUGUGGGACCCCGCUGGUCACAGGUGCCCACUCUGACACCUCGCCACGUACCAUGACUCGCUGCUGUCUUCCUGACAAGUAUUCCCUGAUCCAUUGUAGUGCCUUCCCUGUUAUCCCAGCUUGGUCCUCCAGUUUUUGCACUAAUCUCUUGUGUGGAACUGUGUCAAACGCCUUCUUGCAGUCUAAGAAAAUGCAAUCCACCCAACCCUCUCUCUCUUGUCUUACUGCUGUCACCCUGUGUUGCGUACAGGGCCACUACUUAAGCCUGUUUAGCCCUUGCAACAAAUAAACAGGAUUGAAUAUCCUGUUCUAGAUGAAAUCAUUCGAGGGUUCAGUAGUAAACAAUCACAAUGUUUCUUUCCGGUAUUUUAUUAAGUUUCUUAAUAAACCAUAGAAGGGUUUUAUAUUAACUUUAAAAAGGUCGCACCAUAAAACAGAGUACUCAUGAAAUUUACACUUAAGUUCACUUAAAAGAUAAUACACAGUAUUAUCUUGAUUAUAGUACUGAACGGCUCUAGUAUCAUAACACCUUCUCUUCACAUAUUAACACUUUACUUAACUCAAUCCAAAUGAGACAGAAGACGUAACACUUCAAUAAUAAUUCACUCUUAUUCAACUUUCAUAAUAUACUAAGUGAGAUUAGGAAUAUUUUACACUUAAAGGAAUUUUGAGGCGAGUCUGUCUCCCAUGACUUUUUUCACCGUCCUCUUUGAACCAAUACUGCUUAAAUUCACUCCUAGCAGAGCUAGGGACAAUCACCAGCGUCUCCAAAACAGCAACACACACUUCGUCCAAGACGUUUCUGUCAGAUACCGUCCGAGGUACUGGAGGGUCACUAGGGAACCUCAUGUGGGACCAGAAGUUUAAAUCCAGGAAUCGGGGAGCUUCCCUCACGAGAGGUGAGGAAGGUAAGAACUGAACUCUGUGAGGCUUUACCAGCCCACUUUGCCUCGGUCGGAGCAGGGGUCGAGCAGCUCAAAACACCUACUGGUGCUUGGCCAGGUCACCAGCAGUUGACACUAAUUAAAUGACCUACCUAAAUACAAAGCUAAGUAAUACGACCAGAUAAUAUUAUAAAGUCAAGUAAAUCCAUUUUAGCUACUAAUGGAAUUACUCCUGAAUAUAAUAUUAAGUGAAAUAGCAAAAAUAACAUGUAAUAGUAUACCAUUGUGAUAAGAAAAUGAACAAAAUGAACAAAAGGGUGUAACACCCUGUCAUAGAACUCCAGUGGGUUUGUGACACAGGAUUUCCCGUCCCUGAAACCAUGUUGGCUGCUGUUGAUGAGAUCAUUCCUUUCUAGGUGUUCCACCACUCUUCUCCUGAUAAUCUUCUCCAUGACUUUGCAUACUAUACAUGUCAGUGACACUGGUCUGUAGUUUAGUGCUUCAUGUCUGUCUCCUUUUUUAAAGAUUGGGACUACAUUUGCUGUCUUCCAUGCCUCAGGCAAUCUCCCUGUUUCGAUAUAUGUAUUGAAUAUUGUUGUUAGGGGUACACAUAGCGCCUCUGCUCCCUCUCUCAGGACCCAUGGAGAGAUGUUAUCCGGCCCCAUUGCCUUUGAGGUAUCUAGCUCACUCGGAAGCCUCUUCACUUCUUCCUCGGUUGUGUGUGCUGGGUCCAGCACUUGGUGGUGUACCCCACCUCUCCGUCUUUUUGGAGCCUCUUCUGUCUCCUCUGUAAACACUUCUUUGAAUCUCUUGUUGAGUUCUUCACAUACUUCACGGUCAUUUCUUGCUGUCUCUCCUCCUUCCUUCCUUAGCCUGAUUACCUGGUCCUUAACUGUUGUUUUCCUGAUGUGGCUGUAUAACAGCUCCGAGUCAGAUUUGGAUUUUGCCGCUAUGUCGUUUUCAUAUUGUCGUUGGGCCUCCCUUCUUAUUUGUGCAUAGUCAUUUCUGGCUCUACGACUGCUCUCCUUAUUCUCCUGGAUCCUUUGCCUUCUAUAUUUCUUCCAUUACCUAGCACACUUGGUUUUUGCCUCCCUGCACCUUUGGGUGAACCAUGGGUUGUGUGUGUGUGUGUGUGUGUGUGUACUCAGUUGUGCUCACCUAGUUGAGGUUGCAGGGGUCGAGUCCAAGCUCCUGGCCCCGCCUCUUCACUGGUCGCUGCUAGGUCACUCUCCCUGAACCGUGAGCUUUAUCAUACCUCUGCUUAAAGCUAUGUAGGGAUCCUGCCUCCACUACAUCGCUUCCCAAACUAUUCCACUUCCUGACUACUCUGUGGCUGAAGAAAUACUUCCUAACAUCCCUGUGAUUCAUCUGUGUCUUCAACUUCCAACUGUGUCCCCUAGUUGUUGUUGUUGUGUGUGUGUGUGUGUGUGUGUGUGUGUGUGUGUGUGUGUGUGUGUGUGCGUGCGUGCGCGCGCGCCUUAAUCGCACCAUUAUAAGCAUACUUGCAGGACCUGCGAAGAGUAACCUUUGUAUGUGGAGAGAAACUGUUUGGAGGAAAGGAAAGUGGAUUUGAAGACAAUAGUAGCGUUGAAGCUCCCGCAUCCGCUACCUAUACAUACGCUCUUGCAUACUCACUGCUACAACACAAAUCAACCACUGCCACACCGACAUAAAUCAGAUACCACUGCCACACCGACAUAAAUCAGAUACCACUGCCACACCAGCAUAAAUCAGAUACCACUGCCACACCAACACAAAUCAACCGCUGCCACACCAAAACAAAUCACCCACCGCCACUCCAAGACAACACAAACACAAGAUACUGGGAAGGCGGAAGGUGACCAACAGGUGGGCACCGGAGCUCAAGUGUCUAAUGUUAUACCUUGGUCUCACCCGCUGGUGCCACUAUCCUCCCCCACCCUUGUCCUCCUAGUGCUCUGGCAGCGUGGCACUGUCCUCGAGUAUAUAAGGGCACCUACCUCACCCUCAUGGUCAGUCACAGCGUCUCUGCACCUCUGCCAGUGACCUGUGAGUGUCUUUAUCCAGUGCGCAAGUGUAGUGUGCAGUCUGUACUUCUAAACAGGUAUUUCCACUGUGACGAGUGUUAUGUUUCUGCAGCAAGCAACUAGAUACAUCUGGUCCUCGUCAGGUGACUUCCAAGUUCGUUGUAUGUCGUGUGUGUGUGUGUGUGUGUGUGUGUGUAUGGACAAGUGCGACUCCUUGUGACGAAGUGUGUCCGGGAGCAGAGUGAAGACAAGCAAGUAAGUGUGAGCUUGAUUGACAGCAGAUACCAGAGCAGUAGCUGAGGGGAAGUCUGGUGUAGUCGGCUUCUCAUAUACGUUACGUCUCUCCAAGGGAGCGUUUGAAAGAUUUUGCCUCGAGGGGCGAGUUUAUUGAGCAGUGCCACUUAUUCUGUGAAGGAACAUACCUUCAUAAAGACGAGACCUUUCAGCUCAAAUAGUGGACACGUCAUUGGCUAUACCUCUUCCAUCCUCGGAAGGAGAGCGUGAAGAAGCAGCCUGUUGAAGGCUUCACCGCCGUUGGUAGGAAGAAGCCGAGGCGUGGGGGCUUGAGGGUGGUGUGCCGCGGCUGGUGGAGCCGCCACAGCCACCGUCAGUAGUACCUCAGCUAUGUCGACCAAGUGUACUACGAUGAGACGGAAGGGAAGGCAACAGCGGCAGCGCCAACGACCCAUCUCUGCCCCGAAGUCGCGAGCCACGUCGUCGUCUUCCUCCUCUGUAGGAGAAAAGGAGAUCCCAGAAACGACGCCAUGUCUUCGACACUGCCUCGAGCAGCAGACUAUUCAACUAGGGUAGCGGGAGAGGAGGCUCGCUCGAUAAUUGAAUCAGGGUCCUUUUGGUUAUGAGCUGAACCACUGAGCCAAGAGAUGCCGUGAGAGUGGCACAGGAAGGGGGGAGAGUUUUGUGGCAACAUUAGUCCACCACAUUUCCUGUAGUUGGUGAAGUGGUGAGUGGGUGACCCUGGUAGUGCCAGAGCCUGGCUGGACGCCGUCUGGCACGGUCCUGCUGCCGCCGGUGUCCCGCACCCGGGGGGGGACACGUCUUCACUACUGUGCAGAAGACCAUUUUAGUAACUGAGGAAUUGUUUUGCAAGUGUCGAGGAAGUGGAUCAAACUAUGACGGGUGAUGUCUGCGGGAGUCGGAGCGACCAAAGUUAAGGCGGCGCUGUAUUUGGCACUAGUGUUGGUUUCCCAUUGUUGCUGGGGCCCAGCAGGUGGCCGGGUACUGGGACAGUCAUACAGUGAUCCUCAUCUAUACAACAUCACCAUGACAGGUUAGUCCCAUGUUAAAAAAAUAUAACUCCUUCUGCCACCUCUUGGCCCUACUGAAAUAUCACUUACUGUAGACUGACAGGUUUCGUUACCUUGUAUAUGAAAUCCUGUGUAAGGAAGUAUGACAGGGAAAUAGCUUUUGUUCUCACCCUGUGACUCGUAUAACAGGGUAGCCGUACACUGCGGGCGUUCCCAUCUUGUAACUCAUAUCAGUAUAAUAUGGUAACAGUGCAAUACGGGUGUUCUUAUAUCUAUCAACCAUUUUAUGAAGGCUAUAUGCAUCAUUUUGGCAGUUCUAAUAUUUGCACCAUAAUUAGGUCUCUAUAUCACCAGUACAGUUAUCAACCAUAGCUGCUAGCAGGCUAGACACAUUGUGCAUGUGCCAGUACAGCCAAGCUUUUCUCAGCAGUUCUCCUUGGGCUUACACGACAGACGUUAUGGAGGCUCACCCAGAUGUUUCACUGAAUAACUACCAUUGACAUAUUUGAAUCUCUACUACUUUUCUACCAUGACGAACAGCAACCCUUCUCUGAAAAUUACACGUACUGGCAACACUACAGUGUUGGUUUAUAUUUUGUACAGCUGUGAGCAUGCAUGGGAGAGUCAUACCUAGAUAAGUUGCCCGUUAUCAUCUAACUGUAUGUUGUUGUGGGUUCAGAGGUUUGUAAGGGCUCAGAGGCCAGGCUUGAGUACCUUUGUGUGUGUGUUAGUUACCAUUUUGUCCUAGGCACAUGUCGAUUAGACACUAGGCCUGUUGUACGUGUGUAUCUGUGUGUGUGUAUAGUGAGAGUGGCAUGUGUGUCUGUGUGUGUGUUUGUGUCUGCGUGUGUGUGUCUGCGUGUGUGUGUUGGUGUGUGUGUGUUGGUGUGUGUGUGUUGGUGUGUGUUGGUGUGUGUUGGUGUGUGUGUACUCACCUAGUUGUACUCACCUAGUUGAGGUUGUGAGGGUCGAGUCCGAGCUCCUGGCCCCGCCUCUUCACUGAUCGCUACUAGGUCACUCUCCCUGAGCCGUGAGCUUUAUCAUACCUCUGCUUAAAGCUAUGUAUGGAUCCUGCCUCCACUACAUCGCUUCCCAAACUAUCCCAUUUACUGACUACUCUGUGGCUGAAGAAAUACUUCCUAACAUCCCUGUGAUUCAUCUGUGUCUUCAACUUCCAACUGUGUCCCCUUGUUACUGUGUCCAAUCUCUGGAACAUCCUGUCUUUGUCCACCUUGUCAAUUCCUCUCAGUAUUUUGUAUG